CAGCUAUUUAUUCUUCAAAAAAGUUGGCAACAGUGCCUGUCACCUUGUCUGAUUUGGAUUGUAACUGUCAAAAUUUUAGUGCAAAAUGUUCGCGAACAAAGUUAAGAAAAGCAACAGCUUGGCCAAUAAUACGCAGCAGAAGUUCAAGGCAGAUCUGAUGGCCAACGAUAAAUCGUUCUGUAAUCGCAGUUUUGAAACUGCCUCUGGAAUUUUGCGAAAAACUGGAAAUCAAUUGAAACAAACCAAAUUAACUCUUUGCCAAAAGGAGAAUAAGCUAAUAUUUUCUGGAUUUGUGGAAGAGCCGGCAAAGACUAAGCUCAAGCAAGAGUUUGUCUAUAUGCCACCUAAAAAUGUGUUGAAAAAAUCAACGUCAAUGGCGGCUCCAAAAACUGAGCCGCUGCCCGCGUUGCCAGCCUCAGCAAUGUCCAAGCCUGGACGCAAUCUACGAAGCUUAAUUGGACGUGUUGAUUUUUGCAUUAAAAUGAAUAAAGCGCAGCCGAAUUUAAAUGUGAUUUGGAAUGUCUACGGUAAGCUUUUGCGCAUAAUUGUGGGCAAGCGGGGGGAGCAUACGCUGCUGCUGCGCACCGAUGACAAAGGUCCGAUUCUGCAGAGUAUUUUUUAUGAUUUCGAUGGAGAACUGAGUACCGUGACUAAUGGCUGCUAUGUCCAUGUUGUGGGCCGUUUUACAGGUGAGAAUCGUUUAAAUACCUUCAGCGUGACUCAGGUAAGCACUGCAGAUUGGCAACAGAAUUUCACGCGUGUUGAGAAUCUCACAACAUAUAUAUUAAUGCAAAAUAACUAGAUAUUAGUACAAUAUUUGU